GUGAGAAACUUGAAUAGGAGAAAGCUCCAUAACACGUGUCUUUGACCAACUCUCUUCCGGCAACCCUUACUUCCGAUCACCGGCGACCAUGAAGGCUGUAGUAAUCACAACUCCCGGAGGUCCAGAAGUUCUGAAACUGCAAGAAGUAGAAGAGCCAAAAGUCAAAGACGAUGACGUAUUGAUCAGAGUGGAAGCCACCGCUCUCAACAGAGCUGAUACACUUCAACGGCAAGGGAAGUACCCUCCGCCAAAGGGCGAGAGUGAGUAUCCAGGACUAGAAUGUUCUGGAACCAUCGAAGCAGUCGGCAAAAACGUAUCCCGUUGGAAAGUUGGGGACGAGGUAUGUGCUCUUAUAAGUGGUGGAGGAUAUGCUGAAAAAGUAGCUGUACCUGCUGGUCAAGUUCUUCCGAUUCCAGCUGGUGUUUCUUUGAAAGAUGCUGCUAGCUUCCCUGAGGUGGCAUGCACUGUUUGGUCAACCAUCUUUAUGACAAGCAGGCUAUCUUCAGGGGAAACAGUUCUGAUACAUGGUGGUUCUAGCGGCAUUGGUACAUUUGCAAUUCAAAUGACCAAAUACCUUGGCGUUAAAGUGUUUGUCACUGCAGGGAGCGAGGAAAAAUUAAAGGCAUGUAAGGAGCUUGGAGCUGACGUUUGCAUCAACUACAAGACGGAGGAUUUUGUUGCACGAGUAAAGGAGGAAACAGGGGGGAAAGGUGUCGAUGUUAUACUGGAUAAUAUUGGUGGACCCUACUUCCAGAAGAACCUGGAAAGCUUAGGUAUCGAUGGCAGGCUUUUCAUCAUUGGUUUCAUGGGAGGAGUGAAGACGGACGCAAAUAUAUCAUUGUUGCUGGCAAAACGGCUGACUGUGCAAGGUGCUGGUCUGCGAACGAGAAGCGUGGAAAAGAAAGCUGAAAUAGUGAGUGAAGUGGAGAAGAACGUUUGGCCAGCAAUUGCAGAAGGGAAGGUGAAACCUGUUGUGUACAAAUGCUUGCCAUUAUCAGAAGCAGGAGAAGCUCACAAGCUUAUGGAAACCAGUACACAUAUUGGAAAGAUCCUCCUACUUGCAUGAAAGCCUCUUAACCACUCUCUUCUCUUUGAGUUUCUUCGUUGUUUUUAUGAUUCCAAGCUUCAACAUGUAACUGUGAACUUGUCUCAAAUAAAUAGUCUUGACGUCACAAACACACCUUGCGGCAACAUAUGUUCAUGAUGAUCGAUUCCACUUAGGGCCUGUGUUUGGUUUAAAAAAAGUCAUAGAUUUUAGAAAUCCCAUGAGGAUAGUUGGUUGGUAUUUCAUGGGAUUUGUUUAUUUUUACAAAAUAUAUGAAUGAUGGAGAAUUGCACAAAUGAACAGGUAUGUACGGUAACGAGAAUAGGUUGUACUUUUAUUUCGUUUAGAGCA